CACCCACGUGUGCCGUGCCGGUACAGCCUCAAUAGGUGCUCGCUAACAGCGCUUGCCGAACAGCCCUUGCUCCAAUGGUCUGUAAAGGCUGUACGGGGGAUCUUCGUCUUUGGUGGGUGUAUGCAAGGACCGUAUGUGUGUGCUGCAUGGACUCUGACCCUUACGUCAGGAUGAGAUCUCCAACCAGUCAUCCCAAGGCGACAAGAGUCGUAACCCCCCCCACCCUGCGCACAGCACGUGGGUGUUUGAGGAUGAAUCCGGAGGGGUAAAGCGGCCGUUUCUGUUUCUGUCCACCGCCACUGCUGAGCUCAACAGGGAAGUGAACUGCAUUGUACAUUCGACUGUGUUGGCCAAUUGCGCAACGGGGAGACGGCGAGACGAAAUCAACAAUGGAACCGUUCGAGACGAACCGGACCUGCAAGUCCAGCAUAAACAUGGCUUGGUUCAUGCAUUUCUCCCUCAUCCCUGCGAUCGUCGUCAUCAUCCUGCUGUCGUUCCUGCAGCGCCGCGUCCGCGGGCACGAACUGGACGAGCGGUUCCCCCUCAACCGCCGCUUCGGCAUUGUGGUGCCCGUGUACCUGGUGGGCAACCAGAGCAACCGCUGGUCGUACGGCAUCGCGUUCGGAGCGACCACCAGCACGGUGUUGUCGCUCUUCACCAACGAGUUCUCCAACUACUUCGACUUCGUCGCUCCGUCGUGGGCAAAAGCUCUGGUUUAUCUGCUGGCCGCCCUGGAAGUCGGCGUAGAUGUUUACCCGUUCUUCGCCUGCCUUGGGACCGAGUACAAAAUCCUGGGCUCAGUCCUCGGCUUCCUAUACUCGGUGUCAUGGCUGACCGUGAAUUUGAUUGACGUUUGUCAAUGCUCAUUCGAUCCGGACCACGUGUUUGUGGUUCUGACCAAGACGCCGUCGCUCGUGUGCCAGCUCUUCCUCUCGCUCAAGUUCAUCCACAUGUUCUUCCGAGCGCUGAUGAUCGCCCUCGGGCGAUCCAAACCGGAGGAAACAGAAUUGAUUCUGAAAUCACACCAUGCAGCCUACAUCAAAACCCUCUUCUUGAAAACCGAUCCGGAGGAGGAGGAAGAGGCCGUGAAACGGAAGUCGUGCUUUCGACGCAAGUGCUACGACUGGGACCCCCAUUUUAAGUUUCCAGCCCGAAUGAUCGCGACGGCCGUGUUGGGAGUCAUCUGCCUCUACUCCAUCGUGUUGAUCGACAUCCAGCUGACGAUGCUGGUGUCCCGAGAGGUGGCGGAGUUCGAGGUGUCGCUGGACGAGCUGGUGAACGCGGACGACCUUCCCUCCGGCACCAACAGCAGCGUCAGCCAGUUCGUCGAGUUCAUGGGCGUCGCGCAAAUCGCGUGGAGCAUCUCCACUUACACGGCGGCAGCAACCUCCGUCGCGUACAUUUUCCACAUUCUGGUGUGCUACAGGAAACACAUCAAACGCCUGUGGAGGGGUGACCGAAGUUUCCUUCCACGGAAGCAACCGAAGGCCGGCCCUAUGAUAGCUGCAGGCGUUAGGUAUACGGGCUGGCAGAUUGCAUACCUGCUGUGGGGGUAUCUGGUUCUUCACGGGGUGCAGUUCCUGCUGAUGCUGUUGAUUGCCUACGGCUUCGUGCUGCCCAUAAUGAGCGGCAGAGGCCUGCAGAUGCUGCAGGGAUUAGGAAUAUCCUUACUGAGCAUUUUCCUCGUCAUCGGAGUCAUCGUGGUUCAAGUGAUCAUCUCGGACGUGUGCUUCCUGCAGCCCAAGAUCAACGCAGAGGACUCCUCUCGCCCCCUGGCCCUCAACAACAUUCGCGCCUUUCUCAACUUCAGCUACUUCUUCUUCUUCUACGACGUCAUGCUGGGCAUGGGCGCCUGCAUCGUGCGCCUGCUCUUCGGCGCGACCAUCGGCGCCUGCCUCGUCGCCCGCAUCGACCGCACGAUCAUGCCGCGCGGCUACGAGGUCGUCGACAUGGGGUACUCCACGUGGAUCGGCAUGCUGCACAUGGACCUGUACCACUCGCACCCGGUCCUGCUGGCAUUCUGCACGUUGCUGUUGGACGGCUGCCACUGCUCCACGGGAACGCUGCCCAACGGAGGUAAACGCCGUCCGUUACGGCUCCGGAGCCUUUCACGAGGUUUGCGGUUGGGUAAUCGCGCGCAGAUUUCACUCAAGCUAUGUAUGUUUUGUUGAGCUUUGUUCGCACCGUACAUAGCCAACCGUGCUAAUCGUAGGUGCGGGGAAAGGACAACAAUCUAAAACUAUUAUAAAACUAUAGACUAUUUUUAUUUGACCAGGUAAGCUAUAUAGCUCUUUUUCAGAAGCUGUGUGUGUGUAUAUUCACCAUAACAAGAUGCGCUGUAUGUAGUUACAAUACUUAACCAAGACAAAUAUCCUCCAUAUAGCUUUAACAGGCUGUUAGCGAGCACCUAUGAAGGCCGGCACAGGACACGAGAGGGAGGGUGGCCAGCACUACGCCUGGCCGCCUUUGUCCCCCCAGUGGCGAUGUUUACACACCGCACCAGGUACUCAUUUGAAGUCAAGUCGACUUAAGCGACGCCCUGGACCGGUUCUUAUAUUCGUUACCAAUGUUGGCCGUGACCAGAAAUCAAACUCGGGCCGUUGGGUUCGUAGCGUAGCGCGGUAACCGCUACA